AUGCCCCGAUCCAAGCGCUCCCGCCUCGUCCACACCUCCCGCAUCGCCAAAGUCCCCUCGCGCCAAAAGUCUGCCUCCCAAUACGCCUCCCUCCGCGCCGCCAUCGCCGCCUACCCGUCCCUCUUCCUCUUCUCCGUUAGCAAUAUGCGCAACACCUAUCUCAAAGAAAUCCGGCAAAACUUCGCUUCCGACGGACGAUUGUUCUUCGGCAAGACGAAGGUCAUGGCGAAAGCGCUCGGUCUCACGCCGGAAGAGGAGGCAGAGCCGGGGUUGAGCGGGCUGGCGAGGUAUUUGCAGGGGAAUGUGGGGGUGUUGUGUACGGAGAGGAGCGUGGAGGAGACGAUGCGGUAUUUGGAGGAGUUUGUGGAGGUGGAUUUUGCGAGGGCGGGGAUUGUGGCUCCGAGGAGUUUUACUGUGCCGGCGGGGGUGGUUUAUAGCACGGGAGGAGAGGUGCCGCAGGAGGAGGAUGUGCCGUCGCCGCAUUCGUUGGAGCAGACGCUGAGGAAGUGGGGGAUGCCGACGCGGUUGGAGAAGGGGAGGGUGGUGUUGGAUCAGGAGUUUGUGGUUUGUGAGGAGGGGAAGGCGUUGGAUAGUCAUCAGACGGCGCUGUUGAAGGUGUUUGGGGUCGCGGUGGCGGAGUUUCGGGUGAGGGUUGUUGCUUGGUGGAGCAAGGAGAACGGGGAGGUUAGGGUUGUGGAUGAGGGAGCUGUGGACGGGGAGGGUGUGGAGGACAUGGACGAGGACUGA